AUGGUGCCGGCCGCACGCCUUCAAUCCCGACUUUUCGCCGUCGAAUCUUCGUCUGCUUCAACCGACAAUCGAUACAGAGGCUAUGCGUUCGUCGUCUACAGCAGCAGCACACCGCAUAAACCAAAUCGCUUCGCUUUCCCACACACUCACACUACUCUCCUCACAUGUUUAUUUGCCGCUGCCAAGCAUUGCCUCUUCCCUCUCGACGACCAUGCACUUAUAGACCCACAGGAAAACUCUAUUAAGUGCUCUUCAUUUUUGCCCGAUUUAUCACAAUUUGUUCCUCCUUUUCUGCGGAUAAUGAUGCAGCUACUGCAAGCAACUGCUGCCCUUUUGAUUGAAUAG